AUGUGCACUAGUUACAGGCUGGUGUGUGAGAUUGGCGUCUCUACGACCCUGCGCACCUUUCUCCUCCCUAGUUGCAGGCCAAGUGCUUACGACCUGCAGAGGCCACGGGCCUUUUGCUCGCUCAUUCUUUUGUUCCUGCAUCAUCAUCAUCAUCAUCAUCAUCAUCUUGUGCGCAUUUAUCAAGUGAGGCCAGAGUCGAGAAGUUCUUGGUCAUCACCACCCAAGCUUUCAGCGAUGCAGCUUACAAGUCUUACCCUGGCCACGGCCGCAGCCUUGCUUCCACUCGCCAGCGCCGCGCCGGCAGAAGCCAAAACUACCGAUGGCAUUUCCAGCUGCGGCUCAGCUUGGAUGCCGAGGGACGACGUCACAAUUGGCCAAGGCACCGAUAAACGACGGGGCUUUUCCUCUGCCGUGCAGGGCUUUUGCUCUGCUGCCAAUGGGAAGACGGUCAAGCCCAACGGUUACCUUUCACUGUCCACAGAGGUCUUUCUCAAUGGCGGUAAAACCCCUUCAGAGUAUGGCCUCCAGGGCUUUGUAAACUUCGAGGUUCACAACAAGAUCACUUCCGACCACACUAUCUCCAAGAACGACUGUGUCAAGUUUCUCAAUGCCCUCAGCGCAGACGGCGGCAAAUGCUCUGGCGCCGACAACAAGGACACCAAGGGCGGUACUUGGCAAGUCGGCCCCAAUGGCAUUUCUUACCACGCCCUUGGCUACGAGACACCUCCCAAGGAAGAUGCUGUAAAUAAGAUUUUUGAGGGUUCAGCAAUUUCUGCCCAAAGCGCCAACAAAGGUGCCGGGCCUCCCCUAAACCCAUGGCCCUUUGAUUCACUCAGCAACAUCAAACCUGUUGCUUGCCACAGCCACAACGAUUACGACCGCGAUGUUCCCGUAUUUUCCGCCUUCAGCGCCGGUUGCAUUGCCAUUGAGGCUGAUGUCUUCCUGUCCGGCGGAGAUGUCAUCAUUGGCCACGUUUUCCCGACCCCGGGCCGAACUCUGCGUGUUCAGUACACCGAGCCCCUCCGUGCCAUUCUCGACCACAACAACGGCGGCUCCCCCGGUGAAAACGGCAUCUACAAGGCCCGUCCCGACCAGAAGAUUGUUCUCAUGAUUGACUUCAAGACAUCUGACACCAAGACGCUGGAUGCCGUCGUUGCUGCUCUGCAGCCUCUCCGCGAUGGCAACUACCUGAGCCGCGUCGUCGACGGCAAAUUUUCUCAGCGUGCCGUUACAGUCGUUGCUAGUGGCAAUGCGCCGUUUGAUCGCAUCAGCUCGGGUGAUGGCGUACCGAACCGAGAUGUGUUUUAUGAUGCCAAGGUCGACAACCUCGAGUCCAAGUACACCAAGCUCAACUCGUACUAUGCCUCGGCCGACUUUAAGAAUGCGAUUGGCAACCCGAGCAGCGCGGGUGCAUUUUCCGAUGCGCAGAAAGCCAAGGUCAAGUCUCAGGUGGACGCUGCGCACGCUGCCGGACUUAAGGUCCGCUACUGGAACCUGCCUGGCGAAUACAUGUGGGAGUCCCUGGCGGCUCUCGGCGUUGACUAUCUCAAUGCUGACGACAUGUCCAACACGGCAAGACUUAAGCGCAUCUAG